UCUGUCAGUAAACUUGUUUUUUUGAAGAAUGGAGCCAAGUCUAAUUGUCCUAUUCCUUUUUAACUUUGUCAGGGUUUUUGCUUUAUCAAGUGACGAUGGUGUCAUCCGAUUGUCUGAUCAGUCAGCCUGUCCAAAGGUGCUCCCUCAAGUCGAAAAUGCAAAGGUUUCUAAUUCUUCUCUAAAGAGCAUAUAUACUCAGGGAGAUAAAUUAACCUACAGUUGUCAGGAAGGAUAUACAGGAAGAAUCACUUUUAUUUGUGAUGGGCACACAUGGGUGAAGACUCGAAAAACUGAAUGUUCACGUAAGCGUUGUGAACUUCCUAGUGACAUUCCGAAUGGCAAUUUUAUGAUAGUGAAUGGCACUGAUUUUGUUUAUGGAACCACUAUCAAAUACAUAUGCAAAAAAGGCUACCACAUGGUGAAUUUGGUAGACACUAGAACAUGUUUGGCUGGUGGCUGGAGCAACCGCUUGCCUGAGUGUAAAGAAUUGUCAUGUAUUCCACCUGAAACUGAUAGGAACAUCACAGUUGAUGGAAUUUAUAAUUAUGAUAGCCCAAUACGACCUGGACAUACGUUACAAUUCAGAUGUAAUAGCCCUGAACUUAAUCUAGACGGACCUAAUGAAAUCACAUGCAAUGAAAAUGGAGACUGGAGUGACUCAUUUCCCAGAUGUGUAGAAACCAUUUGUGAGAUUGAAGAGAUUCAAAAUCAAGUGUCUGUGGUUGGACUGCCAAAAAAUGAUGCAUCUAUGAAGUAUGGACACAAAUUACAGUUCUACUGCCCCCAACUCGACAUGGUUUUAAGUGGAAGCAAGGAAGUCAGCUGCUCAGCUGGAGGAAAAUGGAGCCACCCUUUUCCUAUUUGUGAAGAGAUUAUUUGCAAGGAGGAGAAACUCAUUAAUAUUAGAAUUGUCAAUGGAUUCCCAGGCAUAGUGCCACCUUUUAAACCCCAACAUACUUUACAUUUCCAAUGUAUUAACAGUAGGUUCAUCAUGAGGGGAGAGUCAUCGGUUACAUGCAGAUUUGAUGGAAAAUGGAGCAGUCCAUACCCUACAUGUUCAGCAAGAGAUACAUGUGAGCCUCCUCCAGUUUUUGAAUUUGCAGUGUUGACUACUUUGCUGAAAUCCUUUUACAACAGUGGUGAAACCAUUUCAUACUCAUGUCCCCAAUUCUAUACUAUGACUGGGAAUCCCACCCUUACCUGCCAUCAAGGAAAAUGGAAUGGAAUGCUAAAGUGUUUAAAACCAUGCAUUUUAAGCAUAGAACAGAUGGAUACCUAUAACAUACAGCAAUAUUAUGGACAAAAGAGAAUAAUGUACUCAGCUCAUGGACAGUACAUUAGAUUUGCAUGCCAGGAUGGAACAUAUGCAAGAAGCAAUGUCAAUGACUUUUAUCAGCCAUGCAGUGAUGGACAUAUGCAGUUACCUUAUUGUCAGUAAAUCAACUCAGGCUACUACUAAAUUAAAACUAUGUCAGAAUGGUAAUGUUUUAAAGAUAAAUAAUGUUAAAUGUAAUAAGAUCUAUGUACUACACGAUUAUUUGAGUGAAUAUUUUAAGGAUAAGAUCUUAAAUGCUAUUUGAUGACUUUUUGAAUAACUACCAUAAUAACACCAAUAAAAAAGGUUACAGUACCUAGAGAAAAUCAUUCAUUCCUAUCGAACUAUUUGCAUUUUGUCACAUUAUACCAUGAAAAUGAAAGUAAAUAAGGCAAGUUUUCCAGCUGUAUUAUAAUAAUUUAGUAAAAAUCAAAACUUGAUUUGGAUAAGUGAUUGGCCCCUUAUAGUACCCAUUACAAAUUUAUGUCCAACCAAUCACCUUUCAAAUCACACAUCGGGUGGCACGUGGGUAUCACUGUCGCCUCACGGCAAGAAGGUCCUGGGUUCGAUCCCAAGGUGGGGUGGUCUGCGUCCUUUCUGUGUGGAGUUUGCAUGUUCUUCCCGUGUCUGCGUGGGUUUACUCUGGGUGCUCCGGUUUCCUUCCACAGUGCAAGACAUGCAAGUGAGGUGAAUUGGAGACACUAAAUUGCCCAUGACUGUGUUCGAUAUAACCUUGUAAACCGAUGAAUCUUGUGUAACUACCGUUUCUGUCGUGAAUGUAACUGAAGGGUGUAAAACAUGAUGUUAAAAUCCUAAUAAACAAACAAACAAACCAAA